AUGUCUCUUUCUGUACCAAAGGUAUCACCAUUUGGCGAAGAAUUCGGAUACGUCGAGCAACAGUUAAGAUUACAGACUAAGGCACCAGUUCUUAAGGUCAAAGAAAUGUUUGACAUUUCAUUGAAACCAAUUAACGUUCAAUUCGACAAUUUCUGCAGAGCACACGUCCCAUCAAAUGUUGUUGAUGUUUUUAUUCCAACAAAUCAAAUCAAACAGUCUAAAGCAGACGUUAUUAGCCAUGGUUUCAAAGUUCAUCCAAAGGAAGGUUUUACAUUCACAACAAAUGAUUUAGAAAUUGAUACAAAUGAAAAAGAAUUCGAAGUUUUCCACUUAAAAGUCGCUCUUGCUUCAAUUAUCAAUUAUCAAGAUCCAAAAGCACCAAUCGGCAAAGUAAAGUAUCAAACAGGCACACCAACAGUUGCUAAUCUCGAAUUAGGAUACAAUACACUCCGUAUUGGCGAGAAUAAAUUCGUUGUUUUCAUCCCUAAUCAAAUUAAAGGCUGCCACCUCUUACGCUUCACAUUUGAGCAAGGAGUCUCAGAUGCUGAUCCAGAUGGUCAUGUUUGCCAACAAUGCGGCUCACCAAAUGCAACAGUUUACUGCCUAAACUGCCACAAGAAAUUAUGCGACGAUUGCGAUCACAAAUUACACGAAUCAUCAGACUUCAUGAAGCAGCAUAAAGUAUUACCACUCGAAGAAGCCAUUAUUACAGUCCAGAAAUGCCCAGAGCAUCCUGAUCAUAAUGUAGAAUAUUAUUGUCCGAAAUGCCAUCUUCCAAUCUGCUUAGAAUGCAAGGUUAAUGGAAGCCACGCCCAUGGUGAUCCAGCCAAACACAAAUUACUCCCAAUCAGCCAAGCAUACGAAGAUGCAAUGACAAUUCUCAAGAAACCAAGCCCAUACGAUGCCGAACGCGAGCGCGGCAUUAACAAUGGCCUUGACGAUUGCGAACGCCGUCUCCAGGAGAUCACAGCUAACCAACAAGCCGUUGAAGAUGAAAUAAUGAGAAUUGCAAUGAAGGCAAUCGAAGAAUCGAGGAUGCAGUCUUCACGUGUAGCCAACCAGGUUAACUCCACAAAGUGCGAACUCCUUCGUAAGAAGCAAGAAUACGAAGAUCAAAAGGCACUUGUUGAAAAUUACAGAGUAAAUGCAGAGCCAGUUCCAUUCCUUGAGACAGUAUUCAGAGAUUCAUGUCUCAAGCGUGAGACAGAGCACAACGUCGACCUCCCACAGCCACUUUCCCAGAAAGGAAAUCUUAUCGUUUAUGGGCGUAUCGAAGUUUCACCUCCAAAGGCACAAAAAGAGGCUCCAAAGGAGAGAGCUUUACCACAAGACUCACAGUCAUAUUCCUAUGUCACAGAAGGAACGACAUCCACAGUUCUUGAGCCAAAAGAUCCACAUUGGACAAGGCUUUCUAAAAUGGCCGCAAGAAAACGUGCCAAAUACGAGAAUGCCGGUAUUACAUUACCAUUUAGACCAUUUGACGGAUCAAGAAUCAUUACAGAUCAAAUGGUUGCGGAGAGACUUUAUCUCUGCCUUCCUUUCAAGGGAACUCCAGAGCCACACAUUUUGUACUCCACGGAAUUGCACUCAAAGAACAUCCACAUGAUGCACAAGAUGAUCGACGAAAUGGGUAUUACAGCCGUUAUCGUUAAAUCUGGCGACCAAGUUUUCGGAGGUUUUGCGGCAACUAAAUGGACAAGUGAUGGUGUUCCUCGCAAGGACAAGAGCUCAACUUUCUUGUUCCAAGUCACUAAGGACGCUUUCAUUCCUUAUGGAGGAAGAAGUGAAGAACCAUUAUACACAGUAGCAACACCAGAUACACUUUCUUUCGGUGGAGCUGAUUUAGUUCUCGCUGGACAACAGUUCGAAAGAUGCUCUUCUGCUUUAGAAAACUCAUUCGGACUUGGAUUCCUCUAUGGAUCACAAAAGGCUAAAGAAUUCCUCGCUGGUCAAAACAAGUUCGCGGCUGAUAUUGUUGAAGUUUGGGGUUUCUUUACUUCUGAAUAA